GCGCCGGUCGGUGUCUCUCGCUCUCGUCUCGGCCCAUCUCUCUGUCUCUCCCAGACUGUGUGUCUGUGUCCCUCGUCCCUGUCGGAUCCCACAACACUCGGGCCCCGCUGCGCCCCGUUGGUUUAUUGGCGUCUCCCGCGCGGCCGAGCCCAUUUUCUCAGAAUCGGGGUUUUGUUCUCUGAUGAACGAAUCCGGGUCGAAGCACAUCGAAUACGGACGCCGCGGGCAUGGACUAUUCCUACGACGAGGACCUGGACGAGCUGUGCCCCGUGUGUGGGGACAAGGUGUCGGGCUACCACUACGGGCUGCUCACAUGCGAGAGCUGCAAGGGCUUCUUCAAGCGUACGGUGCAGAACAACAAGCACUACACGUGCACCGAGAGCCAGAGCUGCAAGAUCGACAAGACGCAGCGCAAGCGCUGUCCCUUCUGCCGCUUCCAGAAGUGCCUGACCGUGGGGAUGCGCCUGGAAGCUGUGCGUGCUGACCGUAUGCGGGGCGGCCGGAACAAGUUUGGGCCCAUGUACAAGCGGGACCGGGCCCUGAAGCAGCAGAAGAAGGCACAGAUUCGAGCCAAUGGCUUCAAGCUAGAGACAGGCCCCCCCGUGGGGGUGCCCCCACCGCCCCCUCCCCCGCCGGACUACAUGCUGCCCCCUGGCCUGCAUGCGCCAGAGCCCAAGGGCCUGGCCUCUGGUCCACCUUCUGGGCCACUGGGCGACUUUGGGGCCCCAGCACUGCCCAUGGCCGUGCCUGGCGCCCACGGGCCCCUGGCCGGCUACCUCUAUCCUGCUUUCCCUGGCCGGGCCAUCAAGUCCGAGUACCCAGAGCCCUACGCUAGCCCACCGCAGCCUGGGCCACCUUAUGGCUACCCAGAGCCCUUCUCUGGAGGGCCUGGCGUUCCUGAGCUCAUCCUGCAGCUGCUGCAGCUGGAGCCAGACGAGGACCAGGUGCGGGCGCGCAUCGUGGGCUGCCUGCAGGAACCGGCCAAAGGCCGCCCGGACCAGCCUGCCGCCUUCAGCCUGCUGUGCAGGAUGGCUGACCAGACCUUCAUCUCCAUCGUGGACUGGGCGCGCAGGUGUAUGGUCUUCAAGGAGCUGGAGGUGGCCGACCAGAUGACACUGCUGCAGAACUGCUGGAGCGAGCUACUGGUUUUUGACCAUAUCUACCGCCAGAUCCAACAUGGCAAGGAGGGCAGCAUCCUGCUGGUCACUGGGCAGGAGGUGGAGCUGAGCACGGUGGCUGCCCAGGCCGGCUCCCUGCUGCACGGCCUGGUGCUGCGGGCACAGGAGCUGGUGCUACAGCUUCACGCGCUGCAGCUGGACCGCCAGGAGUUCGUCUGCCUCAAGUUCCUCAUCCUUUUCAGCCUCGACGUGAAGUUCCUGAAUAACCACAGCCUGGUGAAGGACGCUCAGGAGAAGGCCAAUGCCGCCCUGCUUGACUACACCCUGUGCCACUACCCGCAUUGCGGGGACAAGUUCCAGCAGCUGCUGCUGUGCCUGGUGGAGGUGAGGGCACUGAGCAUGCAGGCCAAGGAAUACCUGUACCACAAGCAUCUGGGCAACGAGAUGCCCCGCAACAACCUACUCAUCGAGAUGCUGCAAGCCAAGCAGACUUGAGCCUGGGCUGGGUGGGACUGGGGCCUGGGCCAGGGGAGGGGUCGCAGCCACCCCGGCGGCCCUCCAGAUGGUUUAUUUUAUUAUGCCGACCCAGGAGCCCCACCUUGUAGGCCUCUGCCCCUGAGUUCUCUGAAGCCCUGCGUUUGGGAAGUGGGUGAGGGCGGGCAAGGCCUGGCUGAGGUGGGGUGGCCCCCUUAGCCAUUGGCACUUGCCUGCUACUCAGAGUGCUCCAAGGAGGUGGCUGCUAGCUACCGCUCCCCCUCCUCCUGCUCCCAGCUCCCAGCUCCUAGCUGUCUGUCCUGGAGCCUGGAGCACAGGUCCAGGGAGAAGGUUCGGGAAUCCCUGGUGGGCCUCAGUGUCCCUUGAGUCAGAGGCCAUCCCUCCUCCCUCUCCUGGAAACAGAAGCAGAAAGAAGUUGAGUGGGCAUCAUCUGGUUCUGGAGACCCCCUCAGAGGGACCAGGAGGGAAGCCCUCUGUUUUGUAAACUAGGGAUAUCUGAGUUUGCAAAAUUGGACUGGGACAGUUAGGCCCUGGAGGACAUUGGGAGACUGGUUAGGAUAAAAAGACCUCCUCCUUAGCCCUCUACCCCAUUUGACUUCUGCAGGGGAGAACUUUGACACGUUAUCUGAAAAGAAUUUUGCUACAAUCAUCUUUCUAUCCCUCUCCCACCAGAGGAGAAGUUUGGCACAAUCAACAUU